AUGGGGACUGAACACAACUACCAGCUCAUAUACGUGGAUGAUUUGCAUGUAGUGGUUUUUGGAGAACGCAAGUUCUUGACGCUGUGGAUGAUGCUUGCAGCCUACGAGGCCUUGGGUACCCGGUUCCAGUAUGCGAAGUUCGCUGGUGGGAUAGAAGUAACGUUUGUUGGUUUUCAGUUGGACUAUGGACGUUGCAAGAUGGGUGUGACGGCCAAGCGAGGCCUUUGGUUGCUGAACUUCAUAAAGGAGAUGGAGGCAGCACGUUAUACGGUGCACAUGCGCCGGUUUGGGGAGUUCCUUGGAAGAUUGGCCUUCCUGGCCCGAGUCCUCGUUUGGCUGAAAGCACACCUGGCGCCAUUGUAUAGCUGGGCAGCAGCCCUGGCAAAAGGAACAGUGGCCACGGCACCACGUAUGGUGGUUUUGGUGCUCAAGUUCAUUUCCAUACAGCUGGCGGACUGCAGUUUCAUGUACUCAUGCCACAGGCCCGUCCAUGUGCUGGAGGAACAGUUUAGAACGGAUGCGAAGUGUGCUCAAGGGGUUGUCGUUUUGGGUGGACACCACAUGGCCACGGGUCGUUGGUUUUCUUUGCGUUUGGAGCCCGAGCAGGCCCCUUACCUGUUCAAGCCUGAUGGUGAAAGCAGUUGGGCAUCCGCGCCGGCGGAGCUGUUGGCCACCACCGUGGCACUGGUUCUUUUUUGGCUAUGGAAAAGGGAGAGAAAGAGUGACCGCACGGACAAUCAGUCGAAUGAGGCCCUUCUCCAGAAGGGCAGUUCUACUAAGUUCCCACUGGCUUUGGUCAACAUGCAAAUGACGCAUCAGCUUAUGCGUUGGGGGUUGAGGCUGGAGCUACGUUGGCGGCCCCGGGCUGAAAACGACUUGGCCGACAAACUUACCAAUGAGGACUUCAGCCAAGUGGACGCGAACCUGCGUGUAGAGUGCAAGUGGGAAGAUUUUGAUUUCAGCCUUCUACAGCAGUUGUGGGAGGCGAGGCAUGAGUUCCUGGACAAAGACACGCUAAGAAAGUUUGCAAAACAUGUUGGGAAUGCGAAGUUUGAGAAAACUCAGUGGUGA